UUAGAUUUUCGAGGUUAAAAUAGUUGGCCAAAAAAGUUUCUUGUGUUGUGCUGUGGAGAUCAUCCAUUCCUACCUAAAGUACUAUCUUUUCCAUGUUCCAUAUAUAAGCACCAACAAUCAACGAUCACUGUAUAUAUAUUUUCUUCGUUAUUCUAAUCCUUCUUCCCCGUUAUCAUUUCAUUACCUCAACACAAAUUAUUCUGCCCACCAACCAGUAUGCAUGUUCAUUUCUUGGAUGACAGUCACAGAUGCGUAUGUUUACAUCCUAAACUUUGACUGUGAAAUAAGAAAGAGAAAAGAAAGAUGGAGAAGUCGAUGAGAUUAGGGUUGAUGGCUGUGGUUGCUGUAUCUGGAAGCAUGGCCAUCUUGGUUCAACAGGUCCAUAAACGUAUGCUAUCUAACUUCAUGAAGAAAUUUGAGUAUCAAAUGGGUGGUAUCUUAUACGCACACGGCCAAAAGAAUUUGUGUGGCUCAGAGAAACAUGAAGCGAAUAAGAAGGUGCGAUUUUCAAAGGAAGCAUUGGAAGAAAAGAGUUAUGGUAGAGGUGAUAGAAUGAUUACAACAAGGGUAGGACGAAUCAGGGCUGAACAAUUUUGGGAGAUGGAGAAUGUUGAGAGGGAUGAGCCCAAAUUAGAGAAGAUGAUGCCUACUAACAGGAAAGUUCUUUACAGGGGAAUUAUGAAAUAUAGGAAUAGCACUAUUCAUGGGAGACUUCCAUUCUAGUUUUUUUCUCUCCUUAUGUGCAUAAACUUACUAACUUUCCUUAACAUAAGAUUUGUGAUGAUU